AUGGCUCGCUCUCUUGGUGCCCACGACGAUAUCGCUAUCGCUGAGAUCGUGGUCUACACAUUUAUCCUGUUUGGUGCCCUCUUUCUCUGUAAAACUCAUGGCUUCGCUCGAAACGCUGGGUGGUUUUACAUCAUCAUCCUCUCUCUCGCCCGACUGAUUGGCUCAUCCAUGCUUCUCGCUACUAUCAACGACCCUAACAACACAAACCUCUACAUUGGCUGGAUCGUUCUCAACGGUCUCGGUCUUGGUCCAUUGAUCCUUAUUCUGCUGGGUCUACUUGAUCGUCUCUUCAACACUAUCAAGAGCCAAGGAGGCACUGGCAUCAAUGCUCUCUACCAGCGUGCUGUGCAUCUACUGAUGCUUGCUGCUGUCAUUCUUAUCUCUGUUGGCGGUGCCAGCUCCAGCUAUACUCUCGACGGUGCAUCGCCCACCAUCAAGUAUAGUACCGAGAGCAAGAUCGGUGUUUCCCUUAUGAUUGUUGUUCUUAUUCUGGUUAUCGGCCAGUUCCUUCUCGCUCUUCGCAACCAGUCGUACAUCGUUGAUGGCGAGCGUCGAAUCCUCAUCGCCGUUGGUGCUUCUAUGCCCUUUGUUACCGUCCGACUUGCCUACACCUGCACUCUCAUUCUGGGUGGCCACAGGCAGGACGUCUGGAUUUACCUUGGUGCUGGUGUCAUUAUGGAGAUCAUCGUGGCCAUCAUCUGCGAGGCCGUUGGCUUUACCCUCCACAAGGUUCCCAAGCCUAUCGUGAAUGAAGAGGCAGCCAACAAGGCCACUUCUGGGGCAUAA